ACUAAAAGAAAGUUUAUUUUUUUUAUUUUUGUUUAUAAAGAGUAAAGAUUCUUUCUUCUCUGUGUAGGUCUAAAGUCAUUCGAGGAACUCAUGUAGAGUCUGUGAAGGAGGAGUUUAUUCACUCUCUCUGCAGAGCUUCACUAAAUCACUUCACCACACACAGACAGCACUUCUGCUUCUUCUGCUUUGUUAGAAAACAGUCUGCAUUUAAAAGAGCGUCAGGACCUGAUUAUUAUCACAGCCCUGUCAUGAUGAAACGGUUUUGCAAACUCCUGAAGAAAAUGAUUCCUCUUGUCUGUUUGUGCUCAUGGAGUCUGGCUGGUGUGUUUAGUGAAGAAGUGAAGUCAGUGUCGGUGAUGGAGGGAGAUUCUGUCACUCUAAACACUGAUGAUACCGAUAUACAGAAAGAUGAUAAGAUAUUCUGGAGAUUUGGAAACGACAUUCUCAUCGCUCAGUUCAACAGAAAGAACAAUGAGAGCAAGUUUUAUAAUGAUACUGGUGACGGGAGAUUCAGAGACAGACUGAAGCUGGAUCCUCAGACUGGAUCUCUGACCAUCACAAACAUCACAAACACAGACUCUGGACUUUAUAAAGUAACCAUCACCAGUAAACAGACGCCGCUCAACACAUUCAAUCUUACUGUCUAUGAUCGUCUGUCUGUUCCUGUCAUCAGCAGUAACUCUUCACCGUGUUCUUCAUCUUCAUCAUCCUCAUCCUCAGAGCAGAAUUGUUCAUUGGUGUGUUCAGUGGUGAAUGUGGGUCAUGUGACUCUCUCCUGGUACAAAGGAAACAGUUUAUUGUCCAGCAUCAGUGUGUCUGAUCUCAGCAUCAGUCUCUCUCUACCUCUGGAGGUGGAAUAUCAGGAGAAAAACAGCUACAGCUGUGUGCUCAACAAUCCCAUCAGCAACCAGACUCAACAUCUGGACAUCACUCAACUCUGUCACACAUGUGCAGAAGUCUAUAUCUGCUGCUGUGGUUUUACUGAAGCUGCGAUCCGAUUGGCUCUCUCAGCUCUGGUGGGCGUGGCUACUGUUGCUGCGCUGGCUUAUGAAUUCAGAUCCAGAAACCUUCAACAGAGGAGAAGAGAGAAGACAAGAUCAUCAAACUCUGAUUAAUUCGAUGUUUAGGACAGUGGAGAUGCUCUUAAACUGCUUUGAGUAUAUUUAUCAAUAUAUUUCUAAAUAAAUGUCACUUAAAUUAUUAUAAAUUAAUUUUAUCAAAUGUAAAUGCCCAUUAAAAAUAUAUUUUAGCUAUUUUUUUCACUUAUAUUGUGUUUGUCUAUAACUUUUUACAAUACAAAUCUUUCUGCUUUACAAAUAAUAGACCCUUUAAAACAGGGGUUCUUAACCUUUUUGAUGUCGGGCCCAAAUUUUACAGUACAAAGUGGCCCAGGGCCCAAUCAAAUAUUAGCACUGUAUUGGUUUAUUGAUCUCAGCCUUGGUUUGAUUUGUAUUCAAUAACUAUAUGGAAUCCACAUGCAGUUUAACAGUUUAUUAUUCAUGUGUAUAUAAACCUGCACAUAAAACAAGAUGCCAAACACACAACAAUUCAAGGAACAAAUCAAUCUGCAUCAAGAACAAAAUUAAAAGGCUCAAGUCAGGCAUAUUAACACAAAAAUUCUGUAAGAUUUGACAGAUUCUACUUACAAAAAAAUUACAUUUAUAUAAAAUAAAAACAACAAAAUGUUUUGCUAAAAAUAAAUUCAAAAUAAUAUUUUUCUAAUGAAAUAAGUUACAAAUAAAGUGCAAAUGAAAAAAUAUAGGCUUAGUAAAAGACCGCUCCUGGAACGCACUGAUGCUUGUUUGACAGACCAAAGCCGCACGCAGUGUGAACGCUGGAAUCCAUUAACAUGGUUGCGUAAACAAAACAUGCAACGCAUACACACUUCAGAUGGAGUAUGUGUGUAAUUCAGCAUGUGCAGCACAGCAAAAAUAACUCGGUACAGGCGAAUCAGAAGCAGAGCGGUAGGAUUCGCGAGACCAUGUUAUUUGCCUGUCCAUCACUACAGCCUGUGGUCCAACAUUGUUUUUCUUGAUUUCUGUGUGCUCUAACAUGGUUGGCUAAAUGUUAAUGCUUUAUCCGGU